UUGGCUCAGCAUUAGUUGUAGGCGCCGUGUUCGACUUUCACAGCCGAACCUCCUUCGGGGCCAGCGUGUUCUUGGCGGCGGCUGAGCAUCGCUCGACGGUGGAGCCUGGCUGAGAAAUGGGUUCAGACGAAAGGCCCCGGAAGAAGGCCAAGGUGAUCGUGGCACCGGCCGAGGAUGAAGGUUUAGGAGGGCUUUAUGACUUCCUACCGCCGCCCGAUCCUGAGAAGGACGAGGCAGCGAAGGCUGCAGCCGUGAAGCACCACCUCUCACGACCUGCCCUUCCCCAGCCCGACCGGAGCAGGGUGAUCUUUUUAGACGUGGAUGGGGUCAUCCUACCCGCAGGCUCGAUUGACAUGAUCGUGGUGGAUGGAGUGACUCUUCCAGCCAAGAGCCAUGUCAAAGAGAGCGAUUUUUCGGCGCAAGCCAUGGGCAGUUUGCGCGCCAUCGUGCAGCAAACGGGUGCCACCAUUGUCCUCUCUUCCGAGUGGAGGCGGGGUGAAGACCUCAAGAGCUCCAUCAACGCGGUGCUCAAGAGCCAGGACAUCCCAUCGCUUAGAGACGCCACACCGAUCUUUCAGCCAAGGCCUGAACUCCAGAAGGUCCUGGACAACUGCGACCGCAUAUGUUGUUUUCUUCGACCCGCGCGGGGUUUGUGGGUUUUCACCACGGAACAGUGUUGGAAGUUGGGCUGCUGUCGAGUUGUUAAUUUAAAGAGGAAGAGGUACGUUUGACGUCCGGGUCACGGUAUAUAGAUGGUUGAAUUGCCAGAGUGUCUUUUUCGAGGGUCUUCUUUGAGAAGCAAUGCAUGGGAGCCGCGUCAUGGCUACUUGUAUCCUGUCAGGUUAAUUUAUAUAGGUGACUUGUGGGGCGGGCUUCGUGCGUGCUAUGCCGGCUACACAACUCAAAGCAGUUGCUCAUAGCUGUCACAGCUCAGAGAUUCAAGAUACUGAACUUUGAAACUUUGAACAGGUCAAAGCGGACAAAUGUGUUGUUCAAGUUCAUGUUUCUGGUGAAUGGAUCAUAACGUGAUUAGCGUUCAUUAUCGUUGGAUACAUUUGUAGAAAUCCAGUGCACCUUAGGCGUCGGCGCAGUCCUACCAGAGGGUCAUUUGCAGCGGCCAAGUGGAUUCACAGUAACCCGCCGAAGCGGCCGCAGCGCACCGAAUCAGGCCAACGCGAUCCAUGCGUGGUGUGAGCGCCGUGCGCGGGAGAUAGGCAAGUGGCUCAAGGCGAGCUGAGGACAUGAUCCAACUGGCAAAACUCAACAUAGACAAGUCUCCUUCAUGGUGAUGACCUCAAUCACCAUGAAGAGCAUGAAUGGGACAUGAACAAGUCCACAGACAUUGAGGAAAUGUGUCUUCAACUUUCGUGAGAUGUUGGACAACCAUGUGAAUUCUGAUCAUAGCUGUUGGAUUGGUGUCCAUAAUCAUGGUUAACAUUAUUUGCACAUUCCCAAACGUUCUUUUGUUCUCUUUCCUGUCUAAGAGGAUGAGUGACUGCAGAAGGGUGCUGCAUGCAGCACCCUUUUGCUGCACUGCAAGCGUAUUAGUGGAAGGAAGCAUGCAAAGACCCACGAACCACCAGGCAUAUGCAUUUUUGUGUCGUCAUGGCAUAUGUGAAUCCUUGAGAUAGAUUUCUGAUGACUUUGGGGUUGCUAGUUGAUAGUUCACGGUGUUUGUAUGCAUCAUCAUGGUAAGGUACAUUUUUUUUUAAAAGAAUGGCGGCCGGGAUCAACAUCAAAACAACACACAUCACAACAUAUCACAACCACGAAUCUUGUGUUUUUAGUGCUUUCUCAAAACGCCCUGGCCUUCGAAAACCACACACUCCGCUACCAGGAACCCUUCCCCCAAUGGAAAAGGGAACAUCAAACCUUCUCCGCCAAUUCUCAAACCACCCAACUCCGGCCCAGUGAUAGAUCCACCCCGCUGCCGAUGCCUUUCCCACGCGCGCCACGAGGAUCAUCCGGAAGUCACAUCUUGGGUGGCACUGGAUGACUUGGACUUCGAUUGGGCCGAUGCCCUGCGUCAAGCGGGUCCGGACCGUCGGUACAAAGGUCGCCGGCGACCGAAAGAUCCACCCGGUGGAAGCGGGCGAGGUGGGAAGAAGGACCGGUGCCAAAGUGCACCGGUGCAGAAGAAUCUCAAUGAGCUGAUGAGAUGUUUACAUGAACAUAUCGUGCAACAACGCGCCGGUGAGCUAAUUACAAGCAUCGAGAUCAUCAGUCUUUGAAGCGUGUCCUCCUCUUCUAAAGCCCCGAAGCCUUAUCUCUCAAGGCCGAACUUGAGAGAUUGGUGCCUUGGUCCCCCGCGUGGGGGUACAUGGUUCCUUUGCCUGAUGUUCUUUGGUGGGAUAACCUGAAGCAACAUUCAGUUCCCUGAACCCCCAGUCGGGGUGGUUCAUGGACACCCCUUGACCUCUAAGGGGCUAUUAAUGGACACCCUUUCCGUGGUGCUGGUCUAAGCUACGUACUUUUGUGGGAACCAUUUGCAGAUGAUGCAGUCUCACCGGAUUUCCACCAUGAUGUUGAAAUCUGUUUAUUCUAAAUCUUUCCUGCACCCACAUGCUUCAGCUUAAUUGGGGAGGACACUUGUGAGAACCAGGUCACACAUCAAAAACACCCUCCAAUAAGCUCAACCCAAACCCCUCCAACACCUGCCUUCACACCCGCCGCCCAUAGGGACACCAUGGAUGAAGAUCCGCUCGGUCCAGACGAACGAUCGGAUCUGCCUCACCGACGCGGACGCGUCGGACGCGGUGCGGAUCCUGUUGAACCCGCCUCCAGAGCCCAAGGUGAUCAGGGUUCUGAGUUCCUCCAAGGCACACGGUCCGUCAAACUGGCCAGCACCGAGGACUCUGGGCCUGAGCGAAUUCGAUUGGGCUGAGUGGAGGAGCGCCAACCAGCGCAGGGAAUGCCCACUGGGUCCGAAAUCGAAAGCCCACUGAGGCGCCCAUGGAUUGGUCGUCAGGCC